UAGAGGGAAUUCAGCAAGGAAGGGGGAAUUUAGCAAGGUAGGGGUUCUCACGCACGGUAGGGGGCAUUCAGUAAUAUUGAGAGAAUUUAGCAAGAUAGGGAUUCGUCAAGAUAACAGAAACUCAGCAAGGCAGGGAUGAUUAAGCAACUUUGAGGUGAUAGAUCAAGGUAGGGGUGAUUAUGCAAGGUAUGAGUGUGCGAUCGAGGUUGUGGGAAUUCAGCAAGGCAAGGGUGAUUAAGCAAGGUAGGUGUGAUUAAGCAAGCUAGGGGUGAUUCAGCAACAUAGGGCGACUUCAGCAAGAUAGGAGGAAUUCAACAAUUUAAGGGUGAUUAGGCAAGGAAGGUGUGAUUACCAAGGGUAGGGGUGAUUACGCAAGGCAGAGGUGAUUCAGCAAAAUAGAGGUGAUUCAAGAAGGUAGGGGUUCUGAAGCAAGGUAGAGGUGAUUAAACAAUGUAGUGAGCACUCUGCAAGGUAGGCGAGAUUAAACAAGGUAGGAGUGUUUUAACAAGGUAGGGGGAAUGCAGCAAGGAAGUAUAUAUUCAGCAUGGGGUGAUAUGUAAGGGAAGGGGUGAUUGUGCAAGGUAGGUGUGAUUAAGCAAGGAAGGGGGAAUUCAGCACGAUAGGGGAGAUUCAGCAAGACAUAGGGAAUUCUCUAAUUUUCAGGUAAUUACCCAAUGUAGGGGUGAUUAGUCGAGGUAGGGGUCAUCAGGCAAGGUUGGAUUGAUUGAACAAGGUAGGGGUAAUUCAGGAAGGUAGUCGGAAAAAGCAAGGUAGGGGUGAUCAAGCGAGGUAGGAUUGAUUAAGCAGCAUAGAGGGAAUUCAGCAAGGCAGGGAUGAUUUUAAAAGCAAGGUAGGGUUGAUUAAGCAAGGUGGGGCGAUUCAGCAAGGAAAGAGGGGUUCCAGCAAGGUAGACGGGAUUCAGCAAGGUAAGGUUGAUUAAGCAAGGUAGAGGCAAUUCAACAAGGUGGUGAAAAUUCAGCAAGGGUUUAUGAGUGAUAAAGCAAGGUAGGGGUGAUCAAGAAUGGUAAGGAUGGUUCAGCAAGAUAGGGAGAAUUCAACAAGGAAGAGGGGAUUCAUUAAGGUAGGGAUGAUUUGUCAGGGAUUCAGCAAUGUAGGGGUGAUUAAGCAACGUAGGGGUGAUUUGUCAAGAUGGGGGUGAUAAAGCAAGGAAGGAGUGAUUGAACAAGGUAAGGGGAAUUCAGCAAGGUAGUGGGAAUUUAGCAAGAUAGAGGGAAUUCAGCAAGGAAGGGGGGAUUUAGCAAGGUAGGGGUUCUUAAGCACGGUAGGGAGGAUUCAGCAAUAUUGGGAGAAUUUCGCAAGGUAGGAGGGAAUCAGCAAGAGAGGGGGAAUUCAACAAGGCAGGGAUGAUUAAGCAACUUAGAGGUGAUAAAUCAAGGUGAGGGUGAUUAAGCAAGGUAGGAGUGUUUAAACAAGGUAAAGGGAAUUCAGCAAGGUAGUGGGAAUUCAGCAAGGUAGGGGUGAUUAAGCAAGGUAGGUGUGAUUAAGCAAGCUAGGGGUGAUUCAGCAACGUAGGGUGACUUCAGCAAGAUAGGGGGAACUCAACCAUUUUGGGGUGAUUAGGCAACGAAGGGGUGAUUAAUAAGGGUAGGGGUGAUUAAGCAAGGCAGAGGGGAUUCAGCAAAGUAGAGGUGAUUCAACAAGGUAGGGGUGCUUAAGCAAGGAAAAGAUGAUUAAACAAUGUAGUGAGUACUCUGCAAGGUAGGGGUGAUUAAACAAGGUAGGUAGGAAUUCAGCAAGAUAGGAAGAAUUCAACAAGGUAGUGGGGAUUCGGCAAGGUAUGGGGAAUUAAGCAAUUUAGGGGAUAUCAAGCAAUUUAGGGAUGAUUCAGCAAGGAAGGGGGAAUCAAGCAACGUAGGAGUUAUUAACCAAGAUCGGGGAAAUUCAGCAAGAUAGGGGUGAUUAAGCAAGGUAGUGGGGACUCAGCAAGAUAGGAGAAUUCAGCAAGCUAGGAGGGAUUCAGCAAGAUAGGGGGAAUUCAACGAGGUAGGGAUGAUUAAGCCAUGUAGGAGUGAUAAGUCAAGGCUGGGGUGAUUAAUCAAGGUAGGAUUGUUUUAGCUAGGUAAGGAAAAUUCAGCAAGGAACUAUAAAUUCAGCACGGUAUGGGUGAUUAAGCAAGGAAGGGGGGGCUCAGCAAGGUAGGCAAGAUUCCGCAAGGUAGGGGUGAUUAAGCAAGGAAGAGGGAAUUCAGCAAAGUAGGGGUGAUUAAGCAAGGAAGGGGGGAUUCAGCAUGUUAGGGAGAUUUCAAAAAGGUAGGGGGGAUUCAGCACCUGUCUAAAUUCCCAUCACCCAGUCUAAAUUCCUACCACCACCCUGUCUAACUUCCCAUCAUCACCUGGUCUAAAGUCCCACCACCACCCGGUUUGAACUCCCACCACCACCUGUCUAUUCUCCCACCACCACCAGUCUAUACUCCCACCACCACCCACUCUAAUCUCCAAACACCACCCACUAUAAACUCCCACCACCACCUGGUCUCAACUCGCACCACUAACCGGUCUAAGCUCCCACCACCAUCUGGUCUACGCUCCCACCACCAUCCAGUCUACGCUCCCACCACCAUCCGGUCUAAACUCCCACCACCAACCGGUCUAAAAUCGCACCACCACCCAGUCUAAACACCCAUCACCACCCGGUCUAAACUCCCACCAUCACCCGGUCUAAACUACCACCACCACCUGGUCUAAACUUCCACCACCAUUCGUUCUAUACUCCCACCACGCGGUCUAUAUUCCCACCACCACCCGGUCUAAACUCCCACCACCACCAAGUUUAAAAUCCAACCACCACCCGGUCGAAACUCCCAACACCACCUUGUCUAAGCUCCCACCACCAGUGGGUCCUUUACUCCCAACACCACCUGGUCUUAACUCACUCCACCAACCGGUCUAAACUCCCACGACCACCUGGUCUGAAAUCCCACCACCACCCGGUCUAAACUCGCACUUACACCCAGUCUAAACUCCCUUACCACCCAGUCUAAAUUCCCUCCACCAUCUGGUCAAAAACUCCCACCACCACCCUGUCUAAACUCCCAGCACGACUCAGUCUCAACUCCUUCCACCACCCGGUCUAAAUUCCCACCACCACCUGGUCUAAAAUCCCUCCUACACCCGGUCUAAACUCCCUCACCACCUGGUCUAAACUCCCUCACCACCUGGUCUAAACUCCACCACCACCCGGUCUUAACUCACUCCACCAAUCGGUCUAAACUUCCACCACCACCCAGUCUAAACUCCCACCACCAUCCAGUCUAAACUCCCAGCACGACUCAGUCUCAUCUCCUACCACCACCCGGUCUAAAUUCCACAACCACACGGUCUAAAGUCCCACCACCACCCGGUCUAAACUCCCAGCAACACCUGUCUAUACUGCCACCACCACCCAGUCUAAACUUUCACCACCAUCCGGCCCAAACUCCAACCACCAUCCGGUCUACACUCCCACCACCAUCCGGUCUAUAAUCCCACCAACACCCGGUCUAAACUCCCAUCACCACCCACUCUAAACUCCCACCACCACCCGGUCUAAACGCCCACCACCAACUGGUCUAAAAUCCCACCACCACCCGGUCUAAACUCCCACCACCAACCGGUCUAAACGACCACCACCACCCGGUCUAAACUCCCACCACCACCUGAUCUUAACUCCCACCAGCACCCAAUCCAAAAUCCCACCAUCAUCCGGUCUAAACUCCCACCACCAACUAGUCUAAACUCCCACCACCCCGCGGGCUAAACCUUCUCUACAACCCAGUCUAAAAUCCCUCACCACCCGGUCUAAAAUCCAACCACCAGCCAGUCUAAUCUCCCUCCACCAACCGGUCUAAGCUCCCACCACCACCGAGUCUAAAAUUCCACCACCACCCAGUCAAAACUUCCACCACCACCCGGUCUAUACUCCCACCACGCGGUCUAUAUUCCCACCACCACUGGGUCUAAACUCCCAACACCACCCUGUCUAAGCUCCCACCAUAAGCGGGUCCUUUACUCCCAACACCACCCGGUCUUUACUCCCACCAUCACCCGGUCUAAACUCCAACCACCACCGGGUCUAAACUCUCACCACUGGGUCCGAAAUCCCACCACCACCAGGUCUCAACUCCCACCAGAACCUGGUCUAUAUUCAACCCACCACCGGGUCUACACUCCCACCACCACCCGGUCAAGACUCCCACCACCAUCCGGUCUAAACUCCCACCACCACCUGGUCAAAACUCUCACCACCAGCGGGUCUAAACUCCCACCACCACCCGGUCUAAAGUCUCACCACCAACCGGUCUAAACUCAAACCACCACCUGGUCUAAACUCCCACAACCAACCGGUCUAAACUCCCACUACCACCCGGUCUUAUCUCCCACCACCACCCGUCUAAACUCCCUCCACCAACUGGUCUAAAAUUCCACCACCACCCAGCCUAAACUCCCACCACCAACUGGUCGAAACUCCCACCAGCACCCGAUCCAAACUCCCACCUUCAUCCAGUCUAAACUCCCACCACCAACCAGUCUAAACUCCCACCUCCAUGCGGUCUAAACUCUCACCACCAACAGGUCUAAACUCCCACCACCACCCGGUCUAAACUCCCACCACCAACCGGUCUGAACUCCCACCACCACCCAGUCAAAACUCCCACCACCACCCGGUCUAAACAACCACCACCACCCUGUCUAAACUCCCACCACCACCUGGUCUAAACUCCCACCAGCACCCGAUCCAAACUCCUAUCAUCAUUCAGUCAAAACUCUUACCACCGUCCGGUCUAAAAUCCCACCACCACCCGGUCUAAAAUUCCACCACCAACCGGUCUAAACUCCCACCACCAACCGGUCUAAACUCCCACCACAACCCGGUCCAAACUCUCUCACCACCGGGUCUAACAUCCAACCACCAGCCGGACUAAACUCCCUCCACCAACCAGUCUAAACUCCCACCACCACCCAGUCUAAACUCCCACCACCACCCGGUCUAAACUCCCACCAGCACCCGAUCCAAACUCCUAUCAUCAUCCGGUCUAAACUCUUACCACCAUUCGGUCUAAAAUCCCACCACCACCCGGUCUAAACUCCCACCACCACCUGGUCUAAUCUCCCACCACCACCCGGUCUAAACUCCCACCACCAACAGGUCUAAACUCCCACCACCACCAGGUCUAAACUCCCACCACCAACUGGUCUAAACUCCCCCCACCAUUUGGUCGAAACUCCUGUCACCAACUGGUCUAAACAACGACCACCACCAGGUCUAAACUCCCACCACCAACCGGUCUAAGCUUCCACCACCACCCAGUCUAAACUCCCACCACCAACUGGUCUAAACUCUCCGGUCCUUCCUCCUCUUGCAUAUCAUUGGGGGGAGUUUGCAUUUAGGGACCUUGAUGCACAUGGCACUUGUACAACACGCCCCCGACCAUUAUGAGUUCGAGGGGCCACUGCACAUAGUGUGCUGUCACACCUCGAGCGGGUUCUUGCAGCCCUGAGGUUGGGUACUAGUCAGGCUCUGUUCUGUGAUGAUUUCAUCACGUAGGGCUGUUGAAGAGCUCUCCGACGAGCAUUCAGACGCCCCGAACGGAGCACCGAGCGCAUAGUUAUGCGCAUUUUUCUGUUUCUGCUACUCGGAUUCGUGCAAAUCCGUGAAGCGACAUAGUAGCCGUAGGAGGUAUUCUAGAAAGCUCCGGUUUUCGCCGCCCAGCCUUGGCUGAUGGGUUCCAUAUCAUAUAGCGACUCUUUUCGCUAGCGCCUCAGGAGUCCAGAGCAGCACUGCAGCUCAGUUCUUUGAGCCUUUCUUUUCAACCCCUAAACCUUUCGCACUUACGCCGGUGUUGGAGGCUGGGAGAGUUGAGGUAGACCCUUAGG